GGAGGUUCAGCGUGAAGAGCAUCACCGCCUGUGAAACCGAGACGCCUUGAGCCCCUGACCGAGCAGGACGAGCAGAGUGAGCGGCCCGGAGCGACGUCAAGGAACAACUGUGGCGAUCAAGUUGUGAGAGUUGGCACGAAGGUAGAAAUAACAUGUGUGUAUCUCGGCUGGUUUUGCUGCUGGGGCUGCUUCUCUGCGUGGGGGCUCAGCUGUCCAGCGCCCAGCAUUGGUCCCAUGGUUGGUAUCCCGGAGGCAAGAGGGAGCUGGACUCUUUCGGCACUUCAGAGAUUUCAGAGGAGAUUAAGCUGUGUGAGGCUGGGGAAUGCAGCUACUUGAGACCCCAGAGGAGGAGCAUUCUCAGGAACAUUCUUCUGGAUGCCUUAGCCAGAGAGCUCCAAAAGAGAAAGUGAAAGCUUCCUACCCUACUCUGCUUUUCUACCCAGCGACCCUCUUCAUCAGUGUAUUUUGUCCAGUCAUGAAACAACGUUAUGUAUGUUUCUCCUCUGAUCUUGUCUAUUUGUCAGUGAAUUUGUUUUCCAGCAUUACAUGGAUUCAAUUAUAAUGUCCCAUAAUAAAAUAUUUAUUUUGAUAUUAAA